CUACACUGGAGCUCUCUCUCAAUCAGCAUGCCGCGCGUCCACGACCGCCCACCGCCACCCAUGACUCCUCUGCCGCUCCACCUCCACCACCUCCUUCUCGCGCUACUUGCAGCAUCAGCCGCGCAGGCCACCGACCCCAGCGGCUGCGGCGGGGGCGAGGACCGCUGCGGCGACCUCGUCCUCCCGUACCCUUUCCAUCUCAACUCUUCGUGUGCCAGCGCCGGAGGCGCCAACUCCUCCCUCUUCCGCCUCUCCUGCAACGCCAGCGGCAGCGCCACCCUCACCCUCGCGCUCGGCUCCGCCACAUUCCGGGUCCUCGCCUUCCUGCCCUCAGGGUCGCUCCUCCUCGACUACGCCCCAGCUGCGUCGAAGUCCCCGUGCGACGCGGCCUACGCCGCCUUCUCGCGCCCUUCCUCGCCGGCGACCGCGCUCGACGCCGCGCCCUUCCUGGCCGUGACGCCGGCCAACGUGCUCCGCCUCUACGCCUGCGAGGACUCCUCCCUCUGCCGCGCCGGCUGCGACGACGUCGCGACCUGCGGCGGCAGGUCUGGGUGCUGCUACCCGCUCUCGGACGGCAGCGUCUGGAAGCCCGGGAACGGACUGGGCGUUUUCGCUGACUACGGGUGCCGGGGCUUCUCGAGCUGGGUCAGGAACCGGUCGUCGGCGGCGGCGGGGGCGGCACGCGGGGUCGUGAGAGGGGUCGAGGUCGAGUGGGCCGUGCCGAGGGGCAGCGCCAUGGCGAAAUGCGCGGAUGGCGCGGCGCUCGUGAAUGCCACGGCGCUGCACGACGGCGUGCGGUGCGCGUGCGCGGCGGGCCUCGUCGGGGACGGCUUCGCGCAGGGCACUGGCUGCACCAAAGGCACCUCCUGCAGCAAUGGUGGUGGUGAGCAUGCAAGUGACGGCAGGGAUUGUUGCCAGGGACGGUUCUGCUCCAGGAAGGCAGUCGUCCUUGCUGGAUUUUUCGUUUCGCUCUUCUUCCUGGCGGCGGCGGUCUCGUUCUGGCUCUUCCUGAGGCAGCCUUCAAAGGAAAGCCGCCGGUGGGACCUCGACCCGGCGUGCAUCCCCAAGAUCCUGCGGAGCGUGUGCGACGCGAGGCAGUUCACGUACGAGCAGCUGGAGGAAGCGACGAGGAGGGUCGACGGCGAGAAGGCCGUGGACACCGCCGACGACGGCGCGGUCCACGCCGGCGUGCUCGACGACGGGUCCCUGGUGGCGGUGCAGAGGAUCGGCUACGAGACGCAGGGGAGGCUGAGGCUGGUCCUGGACCGGAUGGAGCUCCUGUCGGAGAUCUCGCACCCGAGCAUCGCGCGCGUCGUGGGCUUCUGCCUCGACUCCAGCAGCAACGCGCUGCUGCUGGUGCACGAGCACUUCGCGGGGGGCACGCUGGAGGAGCACCUGCGCCAGGUGAGGCGCCGCGUCGUCCUCAGCUGGUACCACCGGGUCAACAUCGCCAUCGAGCUCGCCAGCGCGCUCACGUACCUGCAGGCGCACGAGGCGGCCCCGACCUUCCUGCACGACCUCAGGUCCAGCGACAUCUUCCUGGACGCCGGCUUCACCGCCAAGAUCGCCGGCUACAAGCUCACGGGCCCGGGCCCGGCGACGGCGUGCUGCUCCGCCGCCGCGUCGUCGUGUGAGCAGGACGUCGUGUGCAACUUCGGCCACCUCUUGGUCGAGCUGCUGACGGGGCUGAGGCAGCAGGUCCCGCUGGACUCGGUGGCGCCCAAGGUGAGGGAAGGGCGGGUCCACGAGGUCAUCGACCCGACGCUUCUGUCGUCGGGUGGUGGGAAUGGGAAGCAGCUCCCGGCCUCGCACGACGAGGUGAGGAAGGUGUUCGAGCUCGCCGUCCGCUGCCUGUCCUGCGCCGAGACCGGCCUGUGCAUGCUCGCCGUCGCCAAGGAGCUGAUGCACAUUCUGAGGGACAACAACGGGAGCAGCAGCAAGAUCGAGAUCUCCCUCGAGGAGACGUUCUCUAGCUCCAGCCUGCUGCAGAUGAUCUCCAUGUCGCCGGAGACACUGCACCACCAUCUUCCUUAAUUAGCCAGUCCGAUGGUCCGCUUGUUAAUAUCCAGAGCAGAGCAGGUCUCCGCAAUCAAACAGCUCUGCUGCUCCCAAGUCCUUGUGCUCUGCCUGCGGAGACGCGUUACGCUGCAGUCAAUGCGAUAAUGUUUAUGGCU